CCCCCUCUUGCUUUGUUUGUUUUGUUUCAUAGUCCAUCCAUCUGAAAUGGGUCUGUGUUGAAUCUGCAUAUAUGCUGACGGAUUUGUGUAUUAGAGAGUUUGAUACCCUGUGAUAAGUAAUACAAAAGGAGAUACCAUGUUUUCAUGUGAGUUAUGAUGAGAAACUUGAGUAUUAAGGUUGAUAUGGUAGUAGAUAGACUGCUAGAGGAGUUAACAUAAUUGUUUCAUAGAAGGGUUUAUUAGAUACAUGUCAUUACAACUUUGCUGAUUUUGAAACAUUCCACCACAAAGGUUGAUUUUAGAGAUGUCAUCGCAAUUUGCUUUUUAUUUGAGAUAUGAUGGAAGUGGUGGCAGACUCAACCUUGGGUGGAUCUGCUCGUGUUCAUCUCUGGGGACAGAAGAGCUCACUCCAGAAGGAUGCCAGCCUGCUAGUGAUGAGGGAGGCCUCCGUCGCUGCACAGAUCCUGCUGGCAGGGUAAAGAGGGCCUGGGGUCGUGUCUCGAGGCCUGUGGUGGCGGGGAAAUAUUGAGCCAUAGAGGAGGGGGAGGAGGUGGCCACGGGAGAUGGCUAGAGAAGGAAGACGAGGGUAGUUUGGUCCAAACAUCUCAAAUAAAAAGCUAAUUUUGAUGGCAUGUCUAAGAUUUUGACCUGUUUAGUGACAUACUUGAAAAAUGGCGAUAAGGGGAUGGAUCUGAUUAACCCUUUCAUGAAAGGGUGGACAAGAAGGAUGUAUGCUCCCUUGCAACUGUUUUGUAUGUAUUGUGCAUGCCUUGCUUGCAAUUAAUGUUAAGGUGGUAGUAGUCCAGGUAAUGUGGCAUGCAAUUUUGUGUUUGGGAUGAGAACAAUUCUCCAGUUUUGGUCGACCAGUUUAGGGGCUUCCUCUUUACUCAAGGGAAGAAGUGAGAUAGUAGGGUGAGGGCACAUUUACUCAAUUUUCUUUGAUUACAGUUUUUUUCUUACUACAUUUGGUAGUUUUUGUAUGGGUUAGGUCCCCCGCCCCCAAUCGCAAAAAAAAAAAUCCAGAUUUGGACCCAAACUUCUACUUACAUAAGUUCACCGUUUUCAUGCCACAACUCAAAGCUGGCAUAUCUGGUGCUUGAGGAUACAUCAGCUUGUGCUAGAAUGUGAGAAACAACCAUUGCCCCCUCAACAGCUGAUCAUCGCUGAAUAGCCUGGAUGUGUAGUGUUUGGCACAUGGUGUGCACCAAGUUCACAUGCGCUGUGCCUUGUAGGUACUGGACCCAGAUUCAGUGGCUGGUAAACCUUGUAGGUAUUGAAUGUAAUGCACAUUACUCACAAGCUUCAUUUACAUUGGCUGGUGGGCAAUGCCAUGGCUGCAUGCAUGUUACUCAAUGCUCUAGCUACCUUGUGAAUGUCCUAAUAUCAGGAAUACUGAAGAUGGAAGCCCCAAAUUCUUCAGUGGUAUCAGUUGACCGUGGUCAUAUAUUGCCUGGUUUUGCCAAGCCUGGUUUUGCCAAGCUUCAGGGUAAAGAUUUUGAGUAUGUUAUACAGAAAUAUUCAAUCAUCUUGGGGCGCAGUACUAAAACAUGCAAAGUAGAUUUGGAUCUUUCUGAACUUGGUGGGGGCAGAGGCCCACGUGUUUCCCGUCAUCAUGCACGUAUAUUCUAUGAUUUUGAUCGCCACCAUUUUGCCCUUGAAGUUCUUGGCAAAAAUGGAUGCAGCAUCGGGAAUUUCACUUAUCUCCCAGGUAGUGAUCCAAUUAAACUGGAAUCCCAGUACCUCAUUGAGAUUGCUGGCAAAAAGUUCUACUUUCUCCUAGCAAUUCGCUCUGUCGCUGCCACUCUUGCUGCAUGGGGUGCUCAUGCUUCCUCAGUGCCCCAAUCAUCAUCCUUGAUGCUUCCUGAUGGCCCUGGGCAUUCGUAUGCUGAUGGUUAUGACCCUAGCAAUGGUGAAAACGGGGUGAGGCAAAGCAGGAGGUUUUCUGGAGAGCUGGACAUCUCUAACAGCGAUGGCAUUGCUGCUGAUCCAGCUGGAACAGAUGGUGAAUCUGAGAAUGAUACAGAGGAUCAACAACUCCUAGAUGAAGAGAAAGAUAUCGUGUCAUCUCUUGUACUCCUGAUACCUGACAUAUGUAGUCCUGGAGAAUGGGUGCCUAUGGAGAAACUCCAUUCAGAGCUUCUUGAACGCUUUGGUUAUAACUGGCCUAGUGCCAGGGUCAGGAGGUACCUGCAACAACAGGACGCCUCAGUCUCAUCAACUGAAACAGAAGGCAGGCCAUGGUGCAACCUGUUGCCACUACUCAGGAAGUAUCCAGAUGAUUUUGUCCUGAGCUCAGUGACCAGAGGGGAAGUAACAACAGAGUAUGUUGGGUUGGUAUCCCUAGUGUCCUUGGGGAAUGGACCAUGAACCUUAAAACAGUUCUCUGAAUUCUGAUGCUGCUCAGGCCAUCAUCAGCCUUUGUUCUAAAGAAACCGGGACAUGUUGUUUGUAUCCGAGGCUCAUGUUGUAGGGCCUAUCAUGAUGUAUUGUAAACCUGUGCACCUUCGUUGUGGGUAUCUUUAGGAUUUGAUCUGUGCAGUCCAUUGCAACAAUUUGCAAACUUUCUUUCGACAGAGUUGGUUCUGUUUGGACAAUUGUCAGUGUGUUUAGCUUGUUCA